AAUAUUUCAUAAUUCAUUUGCCAAUAAGCAGGCUUGACGAUAACAUCGUUAGCUAUCAUUGAGAAAUCCUAGAAAAUCUAUAAAUCAUUUAUGAAAAAGAAGCUAAAAAAAAAAAAAAAAAAAAAAAAAAACAGCAUUAAAGAGAAACUAAAAUGUUUCAUGUUAUCAUUCACAUUUAUAAACUAGUGGUUGAAGUAUAUACCAAACAUGCAGAUCCACGUGUAGAACAUUUACCGCUGGUAGGCUCGCCAUUACCUAUGCUUACAAUAUUAGGUUUGUAUUUGGCGUUCGUUUUACAUUACGGGCCGGAAUGGAUGAAAAACCGUCAACCCUACAAACUGAAAUACGUAAUGCGUCUCUAUAAUGCUGUUCAAGUAUUAGCGAAUUUUACUCUACUCGUUUAUGGUUUGCCAAAUUCAUACGGUCACAAAAAUUUCAGUUUUCGUUGUCAACCACUCGAUCCAACCAAUACCGAACCGUGGAUGAUACAUUUACUCUAUGCAACAUAUGGUUAUUAUUUAACGAAAUAUUUAGAUCUAUUCGAUACAAUAUUUUUUAUUUUGCGUAAGAGAAAUCAGCAAAUUACUUUUCUGCAUGUUUAUCAUCAUGGUGGCAUGAUAUUUGGAGUCUAUAUAUACAUGACUUUUCUACCUGGUAGUCAUUCAACCAUGCUUGGAGUCAUCAAUCUUUUUGUGCAUACAGUCAUGUAUUCGUAUUACUUUAUUACGUCGUUAAAGCCAAUCGAAGGUACUUUAUGGUGGAAACGUCAUAUAACACAAUUACAAUUAUUACAAUUCGGUUAUCUGACGUUACAUUUUCUACAAGUGCUCAUACACAAUACCUGCAAUCAUCCAUUUAUUAUAAGCUUCAUGGGCUUCGUGCAGAAUAUCUUCAUGUUCUUGCUGUUCUUUGAUUUCUAUUACAAGGCAUAUGUGAAAAAGAGACCGCAACUUCAAAACAAGGAAAAAUAGAAAACCAAAAAAAAACAAAAAAAAAAACAAAAAAAAAAAACAAAAAAAAGGAAG